UAAUACUGUUUGCUGUUAAGUCCUGAACUGGGGACAGACACAACCUACAACAGGCACUUGUGAGCUGUGGCGCUGGUCAGACCGAUUCUUACCCGAGAAGAGGAUGAGGAUGGAGGCUUCAACCUCUGCAGAUUUUUAUUUUUAUUUUCAUAUUCUAACUUUAGAGUUUCCGAUUUCAUUUUGAAGCCGAACAUCCAUUUUUCUCGACUAUCAUCCUGCAAAUUAUUUGGAUUUACUCGGACCGUGAAUUUGGAGAUUUACCUUUGACCAGUGAUGUGUCCUGCUCGAGUAGUUUAGACCCCAGUUUUGAUGUUUGUUGGUCUUCUGAACCUUAGGUGCACUUUAUUUUGGCUCCCACACUUUAUCAAACGCUUCAUGCAGUUUUGAUAAGUGGAAACAUUUGCUCGUUUUCUCUGAGGACUCGUGCGUCUUUUCUUUCUGGAAAGCAGUGAUGACUGAGGUUCAACUAAACAGCGCUUCCUUUCCUCUUUUUCAUCCCCUGGGAAACUUGUUUUGAGCCUCAUCACAUCUCACUCUCCGUCUUUACCACCUGCAGGAGGGAGACUUCCACUUCCAAGACCCUGGCUCCAGGUGCCCGUCCAGCCCUGACGCAUAGAGGACCACGCUGCGGCAAUGGAAAGUAUCUCGAACCAAAGUGACUUGUGGCCAUUUAACGAGUCGUGGAAGAACUCGAGUCUCCCUAACGGCACCUCCGGGUUGAAUCAGACGAAUCCCCUGAAGCGCAAUGAGGAGGUGGCGAAGGUGGAGGUGACCGUGCUCGCCCUGGUGCUGGUCCUGGCGCUGGCGGGGAACCUGUGCGUCCUGCUGGCCAUCCACACCACCAAGCACAGCCAGUCGCGCAUGUACUACUUCAUGAAGCACCUGAGCAUCGCCGACCUGGUCGUGGCGAUAUUCCAAGUUCUGCCUCAACUCAUCUGGGACAUCACUUUUCGCUUCUACGGCCCGGACACCUUGUGCAGAUUGGUGAAAUACCUACAGGUUGUCGGGAUGUUCGCGUCCACGUACAUGUUGGUUCUGAUGUCUGUAGACAGGUGCCUGGCGAUUUGUCAGCCUCUCCGCUCCCUGCACCGGAGAAAAGACCGUUUCUAUGUCAUCUCCUCCUGGAUCCUGAGCCUGCUGUUCAGCGUCCCGCAGAUGUUCAUCUUCUCGCUGCAAGAGGUCGGCUCGGUCGGGUCAGGGGUCUACGACUGCUGGGGGGAUUUCGUGAAGCCGUGGGGAGCCAAGGCGUACAUCACAUGGAUCAGCCUGACCAUAUACAUCAUCCCCGUGGCCAUACUGAGCCUUUGCUACGGUUUGAUAAGCUUCAAAAUCUGGCAAAACUUCAGACUGAAAACCAGACGGGAGCAGUGUAUAAGCCUGACGCCCAAAACCUCCAAAGGCAACACGCUGGCCCGUGUGAGCAGCGUGAAGCUCAUCUCCAAGGCGAAGAUAACCACGGUGAAAAUGACUUUUGUAAUCGUCCUGGCUUAUAUCGUCUGCUGGACCCCCUUCUUCUCUGUCCAGAUGUGGUCUGCGUGGGACCCAGAGGCGCCUCGUGAGGCUAUGCCCUUCAUCAUCUCCAUGCUACUCGCCAGCCUCAACAGCUGCUGUAACCCCUGGAUCUACAUGUGCUUCGCCGGACACCUGUUCCAGGAUCUUAGGCAGAACUUUCUGUGCUGUUCCACUCGCUACCUCAAGUCAUCCCAGUGCCGCUGUGAGCCCGACUUUGACUCCAGUCACAAGAGCAACUCCUCAACGUUUGUCAUAAAGAGCACCAGCAGUCAGAGGAGCCUCACACAGACUACUAGCACAUAAGCAUGGA